GAGCUCGCUCGGAUCGUUCUCCAUACGUGCCCGAAGUAAGGGCUCACCUCCGAUCAACGCCCGAACAUGGGACCGAAUACUUGUCUCUAUUUAGCGAUUUUCUGCGUGACUUGGUCACAAUUGCUCCCGACAAUUUCCGGAAAACGCUGUCCAAGACCGAGAUUACCGCGUCAUUCGCAAAUCAUCUCCCAGCCCACACCCCCCGGGUCCCUUGAAGGCUUCCCCGAAAGCAGCCUCGUGAAGUUCGAGUGCGAUGCUGGUUAUACUUUGUUCGGGACUGGAAACGCAACUUGCUCGAACGGUCAAUGGCUAAGACACGACACAGAGUGCCUUCUCGAAGUUGCUGAAGGAAAUGCGUGUCAGAUUACGUCGCAGGCUGACGAGUACGCGGGUGCAGAUCUCGCGGCUGAUGGGGAUCCGCGAACCUGUUUCUCAUUCGAUUCCCACGAAAAGACCGUAGUCUGGAGCGUCGACACUUUCCAAGUCUAUCGAGUGCGGGUCGUCACGAUCCUGUCUGAACACUUACUGCCGAAUUCGACGAUCGAGAUCCGAGUGGGGUCGCAUUUUCCAUCGACAGGGGCUAAAUUCAAUAAGCUGUGUACGAGACAGAGUAUCGGUCAGGUGACGGAGAAGAAGCUGCAGUUCUUGUGCGAAGACCAUGCUGCGAUGGGCAGGUACGUCUCGAUCGCGAUUGAGGAACCCGGGCAGCAUCGCGUCUCGUUCUGUGAAGUAAACGUCUACAGCGAUUGGGGUCUCUCCGUCGAGGAUAGCUGUUCUUCUGACCCCCCUUUGCCCUCAGGAACAAUGCGCCACGUUUUCAAGAAUCAAUGCAUCCGAUUCCUCGGAGAAAACACCUUUGCCAGCGCUUCCAGUCUGUGCAAAUCCUACGGGGGAACACUCGUGAUGCCUAUCUCGAGGGUCUUCCAAAACUUCAUCGAUUUCAAAGUGAUGCGCUUCGUCGAGAAAUCCUUCGAGCAACUCGUAGUCAGUUUCUGGGUGAACGCAAACCGCGUCAAUGACAGCACCUGGAUAGACGGAAACGGCACGGAGAUCAAAGGAAUCCAGAUGACGAAUAAGCAUCCGAACGGAAAAUGUCUCGUGAGCGAGCAGAAGAGUUGGCGUCCAGGAGCCUGCCAGGGAAUUCAUCAAACGAUAUGUGUUUCUAACCCGGUUUCCUGCGGGAGCCCGAGCCUCCCUCAGCAUUCCGCAAUCUCAGAGAGAACGAAUCUCGGAGUUGACCUCUCGAUGGCUUUCAACUGUGAAGCAGGCUUCCGAGCGAAUCUGGACAGCAUCAAGUGUCUCCCCGAAGGAACUUUCUCCGGAGAAGCAACAUGCACCGCCGAGGGCCAAAUAGGCUUCGUCGAGAAGGCUCAGAGUUUCCUCUCGUCUUUCCGGAUGUUCGCAAAUUUCUCAGCCGCGGCCCUGAGAGCCAUAAUCGCCUUAAUCGGCGCUCUGCUGGCGGCGUUGACAAGCGCCUUGCUCUGGUGUUCCUUCUGUGCUCUCCGACGGGUGCGAAUCAGCAAAUUGCAGACUUCGAAGGCAAAUCAAUGGAGCUUGACGAGUUUCUCAGUUCAUAUGAAGGACCUGCCGGUGACUGACUCCAGUCGAAUUUUCAAGUCCCCGGUCGUCGAGGAGAAAACCUCGAGCCCAUCUGCCCGGGAGGAGUCAGACCCUAACGCCUAGGAUUUCGUCGUUACCCAGAGGGUCAAGCGGACAGUUGACAUGGUCCAAUGAUUUUCAUUCCCUUGCACGGAGAACAAGAAGGAUGGCUCAACAAGAUCCCAAAAAUGGUUGUAAUGCUCCACGAUAAAUACUU